CGAUGACAUCAUCGCGCAAUGGCAACGUCAUUCAGCAACAAAUAGACCAGCCUUCAGCCACGGGAAAUGAGUUGCCGCAUCCAAUGGAAAAGAUUUCGUUCCCAGCAUAUUAGAAACAGUCGUGUGCAGUGGACAUGCACAUUAUUCAACGAAUACCUGAGUCGAAUUGAAUCGAAUCGAAUUGAUUUUACAGCUCGUUUUGUGCAGAUGUUGGUAGGCGCUGAUUUGGAAAGAACAGCAGUCAAGCCGCUGUGCGCGUCACCCUUUGAAUUGUCACAUGAAAGACAAGACGACGACGAUGAUGAUGAUGAUUUACGUGCGCGACAAAAGAAGAGGCACGCAUGAUCCGCGUUUCGCUCAUCGACGUGACAUCUCCACCAUGAGCCAACAAGCGGUUGCAUUGCAGAAUUACAAUAAUGAGCUCGUCAAUUGUAUUGAGGACCUGUGCUCCAAGCGGGAAGAGUUAAACCGUCAGAUCAAGCUGGAGGAAGAGGAGAAGGAACGACUGCAGCACGACAUCCGUGUGUUCUCUGGAAAGCUGAGCAAGGUCAACGAAAGCCUGGCACAAAGAAUGGCUGCGCGCGCCACCUUCGACCGCACCAUCGCAGAGACUGAGGCUGCAUACACCAAGAUCUUGGAGAGUUCCCAGUCUCUGCUGAGUGUCCUGAAGCAUGAGGCCGGAAACCUCAGCAAAGCCUCAGAGCCUCGCAAGAAAGAACCCUAAUGCGGCAGGAGUGGAUCUUCAAAGAAGGACGGUUGUAAUAUUUGAUUCGUUGUAUUUUUGAAGGUGAGAAAAUAGGCCCUUUGCCAUUGUUUCCUGUGACUGUGAUGGAUAAUAAAAGCACUACAGUUAUAUUUGAGAUA